CUCUCAUCUCAACAACAACCAUGGACGCCGACCCGCUUUACCACAUCAAGCAGCUCUUCCACCGGGGGUCGUACAAGGCGGCGAUCGACGAGGCCUCGGACCAGCCGCUCACGCCCGGCGGUGACGCCGCCCUCCAGCGCGCGGUGUACGUCGCGCGCGCGCACCUCGCCCUCACCCCGCCUGCCAUUUCCGCAGCACAGGCCGUGCUUGCGCCGUUCCUUGCGCUUGACCCCGCACCGCCCGCAGCCAGCGCCGCUGCCGCCCUCGCUGCGUACCUGAACGGCGGGGAAGAGGCAGUGGACAGCGCGCGCGACCUGGUGAUCGAGGUCGAGGGGGGCGAGGUGGGCGAGGAGUGGGAGGAGGGGACGGUGCGCGCGCUUGCUAGCACGAUCUUCAUUCUGGAGAAGGAGAACGAGGAGGCCGUCGCGACGCUCAACGAGGGCAAGGGGCGGGAGGACCUGGAGUGCCUCGCGAUUCUUGCGCAGCUUCUCCUCGCGCUGGACCGUCGUGACCUCGCAAACUCGACGUACCAGACCGCCAAGCGCCUCGGGAACGACAGCACCCUCGUGCAAGCCAUCGAAGCGUGGAUCGGGCUCAAGACGGGCGCCCGGCCCCUGCACCAGGCCUACUACUUCUACGAGGAGCUGUACCAGCUGCCUGCGGGGCGGACGCCGGGCGUUCUUGCCUCUCACGCGGCCGCCCACCUUCUGCUAGGACAUGGCGAGGAGGCCAAGGCAGACAUUGCGGACGCGGUUGCGUCGGGUGGUGGCAGCGACGCAAACGUCCUCGCUGUGGCGACCAGCCUCGGGGACGUCGAGGCGCAGGCCAAGCUUGCCACCACGACGCACCCGUAUGCGGCGGAGCUUAAAGCGAAGGAGGCGGCGUUUGACGAGGCGGCGGCCAAGUUUGCCAUCGCCGCGUAAGGGAGUUGGGAGACAUAGAAGAUGCAUCGUUAGCUGUACGAGAGGUAGGGGGGGGGGCCGAAGGAAACUGGAGCACUUGUCGCAUACGGCCAGAUCCCGGGAGUCCUAAGCCCAACAAAAUGCAUGUUUAAUAUG